AUGCAGCUCCGGGCUCGGGCUGCAGAGGCGGAGGGCUGGAUCACAGCCCUUGGGCUCGAGACUGACCCUGUUCCUCACAUCGAUGAACCUCAGUAUCUGGUCUACACCAGCGGCAGCCCUUCUGAUCACCUCUAUAAUCUUGGGCCCUCAGGUCUGCGCCCAAGCUCACAGAUGUCGAGCCUCACCCCAGAACCAAGUGAAGGACAUUUAGCAGGAGGGGAACCAGAUGAGGAGCAUAAUGACGAGGGGCUGAAUGAUGGUGAGGGGCGGACAGACAACAGGAGCAUCGACCUGCAGCUCCAGGUGCCAGAAAAUCACCGCUAUGAUAGCUCUUCUGCAGAGGUUCCUGUAUCUGAAGAUCAGCCUGUCGAUGAUGCACUUCAGGCUAGGUCUGAUGGUGUGUAUCUUGUUAUUGCUCGUGUGUCGCAAUGUGACCUCUUCGACACCGAGGCCAGCGAUAGUGAUAUUAGCCAAGCCCAACGAGGCAUAGGUGGACCUCGCAAACUGUCGGACAAUGACGUACAUGCCUUCGGUGAAGAUGGCAGAUGGUCAGACAGUGACCCGGAUGCCUUUGUUGGAAAUCACGGACGGCCCAACAGCGACAAUGGAGCCUUCGCUGAGGACAGCGGACUGUCAGACAGGGACCUUGAUGCUCACUUGGAGUCAUCUGACGAUAGCGAGGAAAGGUAUUGCAACACUGACUCUCCAGCACCUGGUCCACCUCAUGGCAAUAAUGAAGUCGAAUUCGAGGAGCAUUAUGAGUUUUUGAAGGACCAGGCUGAAGUCGGCCAACUUGCGCUUGACAGAGCAGCCGCAGAGGUUCAGGAUGCAGUGAAAACACAUGAAAACAUGGAUCGAGCAUUGCGAGAGAUGCAAAGGGAGCGAGUAGAGUGUGCGAAACAUGUCUAUGCCAUUCAGGACAACCUGGAGGAGGUACUACUGAAGAUGGGGCAUUAUCAAACCCGGCUCAUCGCAGAGCAUGAUGACCAGAAGAGGCAAAAGCUGCGGGACAAAAUCGAGUUGGCCAUCCACCUGCAAUACAAGAUUCAAAUGAAGCUGAAAGAUGCAAAGCAAUCACUGGAAAUCAAGGUCAAUCAAAUCACCGGAGUGCAUUGUCAGCAUGCCAAGGCUGCUGGUGCUGUGGUGGCCGUGUGCAGGACCUUUGAAGCUGCCAAGGAGAAAGUGACCAUGUUGAUCAAGGAGCUGGCAGAAGUGGAACUCCUACGAGAGAUGAGGAAGGCACUGCAGCUGCCUGAGGAGACACUGUUCACUUCAGGUGACUGGGAGUCAUCUGAUUCAGACUCGGACGUGGAUGCAUUGCAAUUAAAUGACAUACAAGAGGACACCAUGGACAAUCAGCAACUGAGCAAAGAUAGUGGGGACAACGAAGAUGAACACGAGUUGCAUCAGCCAAUAGCAAAAACAUGGAAGCAAUCAUAUCCAGUCAGUUCUGAUGAAGACAAAUCUUGGUCGCCCUCCACGUCACCUGAGCCACAAUCUGCUAUGGUGAAACGUGCAUGA